AUGGAUCUUGCUAUGGCCAUCCAAGCCUUUGCUCACUUCAUACUCAUUGUUCUGCUCUUCCCUGCAGCAACGAGUGGUGAGAAAUAUGUUAAAUUUGAGCUUUGUUUGCAUAAUGUAAAACAUGUUAUUGACCUCCGCAAACACAUGGCCGAUGUGGUCUCCAAUUCUCGGAUUCAAAGGAACUAUCAACCUGCCAAUGCCACACUUCUUAGCUCCGACCAUGACAUAAUGGUAAACUGGACUGAGAAUGCAGGAUAUAUUACAAUUAACGAAACUCAAUACCAACUGCUGCAAGGUCAUUGGCAUUCUCCCUCGGAGCACAAAAUCAACGGCAUGAGGUAUGAUCUAGAGUUGGAGCUGGUGAUGCAAAACAAUUUGAUUCGAGCAGCCGUUGAUGGAGCUGGUGAUGUAGCCAUAAAGCUUAAUGAUGUUACGAUGGCGAAUUUCUGUGAAGAUCUUGGUCUUGUUGCAAAAGCUCUUGUAAAAGGAUGGAUUUUCAGAUUCUGCUUUGUGAAGCUUUUUCAGUGCAACAAUUCUGCCACUGGGAAUCAGUGUUUGAAGGAAACAUUUGAGAAUGCUAGACCCAUGCAACCAAGAAAUGGUCGCACGGUGCAACUCUACUUGCCUAAAGAUCACCGUGGAAAUUGA